CUCCUCCCCAUCCCGCACUGGCGCCGCGUGGCUCCUCCUGCGUCCUCAACACCCUCGCCGUUGCUCCCUUCGCUGGACAGCAUGGCCAAGAAGCUGCACCUCGCCUUUCCCGAGUGGGAGCGCAAGCUCAACGACGUGCACGUCAGCCGCGAUGACAUGAACCGCCUCAUCAUGGACUACCUGGUCAUCGAGGGCUACAAGGAUGCGGCCGAGUGCUUCGCGGACGAGACUGGCCUCGACCCCGAUGUCGAGCUGGCAUCGAUUGAGAAUCGCAUGCAGAUUCGCAGCGCCAUUCAGCGCGGCGACGUUGAAGACGCCAUCGGGCGCGUCAACGAGCUUGACCCAGAGAUUCUCGACACGAACCCGCUGCUCUUCUUCCACCUGCAGCAGCUGCGCCUCAUCGAGCUCAUCCGCCGCGGCGACGUGCUCGAGGCGCUGGCGUUUGCAUCCGAGGAGCUGGCGCCGCGCGGCGAGGAGCAUCCGGACCUGCUGCCCGAGCUGGAGCGCACCAUGGGCCUGCUGGCGUUCCAGGGCCGGUUGGCGGGCGCGGCGCCGGCAGACCUCAGUGCGCUGCUGAGCCCGGCGCAGCGCCUGCGCACCGCCACCGAGCUCAACGCCGCCAUCCUCGCGAGCCAGAGCCAGGGCAAGGAGCCCAAGCUGCCGCGCCUCCUCACCAUGAUGACGGCCGGCGAGGAGCUGCUUGGCCCGCACGGCCCCGGCAAGCUCGAUUUCCCCAAGCUCGACCUCGAGCACCGGACACGCUUGCCGUAGCUCCACCAUCAUACCACGCGCGCGUGCGCCGCCAUCUCCGUUCACGACCCUCGCCAUGACCUGCACCCUCACUGUACCGUACCCUCAGAGCCUCGCUGUAUUUUCAAAUCAAGAAUCGUCACG